GCACGCGGCGCCACAAAGGUAAAAGCUCUGCAAGUCUGCAAUAAAAAUGGCCUCCAAUAAAACUACAUUGCACAAAAUGGGAAAGAAACAGAAUGGCAAAGGUAAAAAAAUUGAGGAGGCUGAGCCUGAAGAAUUUGUUGUGGAGAAAGUCCUGGACAGACGUGUUGUGAAUGGAAAGGUGGAAUACUACUUGAAGUGGAAAGGAUUUACAGAUGCUGACAACACAUGGGAGCCGGAAGARAACCUAGACUGCCCAGAGCUCAUCGAAGCUUUUCUGAACUCACAGAAGGCUGGUAAAGAGAAAACAGAUGGUUCCAAAAGAAAAUCUUUGUCAGAUAGCGAAUCCGAUGAUAGUAAAUCAAAGAAAAAACGUGAUUCUGUUGAUAAACCAAGAGGGUUUGCAAGGGGUCUUGAUCCGGAGCGGAUAAUUGGGGCUACGGAUAGCAGUGGAGAGCUUAUGUUCCUCAUGAAAUGGAAAGACUCUGAUGAGGCAGAUCUGGUGCUGGCCAAAGAAGCUAACGUGAAGUGUCCUCAGAUCGUAAUCGCUUUUUAUGAAGAGCGGCUAACUUGGCAUUCGUGCCCAGAAGAUGAAGCACAAUAAUUGUUUGCAUUGCUUUUUUAUAUAUAUGAAUAUUAAAACCCCAAAUUUGAUUUAUUAGCAAUGUGAGAAGCAUACAUUCUAACAAGAAUCAAAUUUGAUAUUUUUUUGUAGUAGUGUGUUUUGCAUCAACAGCGAGUAAAUAAAAGCUUUCUGCAACUUGUUUCAUUUAUCACAAGAGAGCAUUUGAUACUACUACUUCCUCCAUAUUAGGUAAAAGCUUUUAUAAAACAUUCAUAAACUUCCAUAGUUAUUACUGAAUCAUAAUGAAUGUCUAAACAACCUCACAGAUGUUUUGUAGUCUUCUAUACUAUUGAUGUGCAUGUAUCUUCUUUACCCCAACCUAGCCCUUUAAACCUGUAGAAUUAUUCUUUUUAGUAUUUGGUAUCGCUUGGUUCCAGGAAGACCAGGUGAAAACUAACUUUGUAGUAAUUUGAAUGUUAUCAGACUGUAUAUUGUUUACUUUAUUGUAAAUACUGGUGAACAGUGGUCAAUAAAAUAGUUUUAUAUUCUUCCUUUAUACUGAUAGGCUGUGACUCUUUCGAAGCGGUAUGAUACCCCUGAACUUUUUAUAUAUUAUCUCUCAAUUUGUAAUAUAUUAACUGUAAGUCGUUCUUUUGGGGUGGAGUGAACCAUGCUCUCCCAUUUCUGCUCCGUAACGCAGAGUAUUAGUGGACUUUGCUGCUUUGUACGUUUCGUGGCCGCUGCCUCCAGCGCCRGUGCUUCAGGCCGGAGGGGCCGGCCGUGCGGCCCGCGAGGUGCCCUGCUGGGCUGGGGUACGUGUCCAGGCCACAGGUAGCGGCCCGUGUGGCCCCGAGGUGACAGCCGGUCACCUUGGCCUCCCCUCGGGCCCCAGCGCGAGGCAGGGCCCCGGUGCCCUGCCUGCCCUCCAAGCCCUGUCCGGAAAGGCUCAGCUUUGCUUCAACCUGCUGUCCUGGCCUUCAAACAGAGACUGUUCCUGUUCCAGCUGCAUUUAAAAAAUGAGUUUUAUAAUCGGCUGCUUGGACAACGCCCUCAGAAGGGCGGAAGAAAGGGAUGGGAGAAGCCCAGCAGAGGGAGGAGAGUGCUGUUUUCCCCUUUCUUUCCCCAAUUGUCAUUCCUCUUUUGUGUUUCUCUUGCUGUCACCUGCACGUUUGCUUUUACCUGUGUGUUAUUGCCACAGGAUGAUUUGCCUUGAGCUUUGCCUCUUCACGUGUCAAAGGUCAGGCUUGUUUCAGAAUUCCUCUCAAUUUAGGAUUUCAGAAUUCCUCUCCAUUCAGGAUUUUGACUAACAAAUUCUGAAAUACACAACAGUGUAGUCCAGGUCCUGGGUGAGACAGAGUUGGGAUUGCCCGACUACUAUAUUUUCUUAGGAAAAAAAAAGAUGGGCAUUCCAGGAAACCCUCACCUCUUUGUCCUGAGAAAUAAAGGAGGGAAUUAAAUCUGCACUUGCUGUUUUCUUCAGCGUGCUUUCAGGAAUCAUGACUAUACCCAUUUGCCUGCAGUUACAUUAGUUCAAAACCCAUCCMUUCAUGAAUCCAAGCUCGUCCAUUGCAAGCACUGAACUGUGCUUAAACGUGAGGGUGGACAAAACGACGCCAAAUUUCAUUGUUAGGUUUAACUGCUUUGACUUCUCCAGGCUUUUCCUUGGAUCUGUGCAGAAUGCAGUUGCCGUCUAUUCCCGGCUCGGGGAUCCCUGUUCAUGUGGGCUCCCCUGCUCCAGUGGAUCAUAAUUACAUAGCUGAGCUGACUUCUCUUGCCUCUUCCUCAGACAAAAUCCUCUGAAUUAAAUACAAGUCCUAAAGCUCAUGGCUUAAUUCCCGGGGGCCCAUAAUAGAAAUAAUAAUGCACCUACCCAAAAGGAUUCUGAAAUCAUUGGGCUUUUACCCAGUAGGUUGAAAAAUASGCAGGCUAAACUUGGAUUUUACAGCAGCAUGCAUUUUUACCACCUAUUUCUUAAAAUACAGCUAUUCUACAAGUUUGUGUUUUGUUGUCUGAAACUUUGCARCUUUAUAUUGUUUCAAGUGUGGAUAGUGAGUUCUUUCUUACGUUGCUGAUUUGAAUCAUGACGCAGGUUUCAAAGU